UUUAACAGCAUUUGGUCCACCGCCCAAUUUUGGAGAAAUCAAGCUGUUCAUCACGAGCUCUGCCCAAGCUCGCCCCACAAACAGAAAUUUCUCGCAUCGCAGUCUGCGCGCUUUUUUGCUCCUCUAUAAAUCGCUAAGCUCCUCCUAGUUCACUUCUUUCUUUUUAUUUUCUUCUUUGUGCUAAACACCCAUCCGUACUUGGCUAUGGAUAUUUUGCCUGAGCUUUCAAAUGUGCAGUCACAGGACCAUACUGAAUUAACUGAUGACAAUAUCCAGCAUCUUCUCGCUGAGGCAGAGAAACGGCUUCGCAACGACACGGUCAGGACCGCCAAUGAUUCCGUCGCACUUCGUCAAUCUGGACAGGUACUUCCCAACAUUCCGAAGUUCUCCUCUGGAUCCUCCCUAAAACCUUAUGUUCGACAACACAAUGAUGUUGCAGUUGUCGAUACAGCAAGGAUAAUUGACCCAUUAGUCAGUAACUGCACUCAGUCAUCUGCCAAUGAAAAGAUAGUGCCGAAGACCUCUAAAAAGGAUAAGCCGACUGCCGGCAGUGAAUGGUUCAAUCUUCCAAAAACCGAACUGACGCCUGAUCUAAAAAGAGACUUGCAACUUCUACGGAUGCGUUCCAUAUUAGACCCUAAACGACAUUACAAAAAGGAAAGCGGCAAGGCGCAACCUCCAAAGUACUCCCAAGUGGGAACUAUCAUUGAAGGUCCGACAGAAUUCUUUAGUGGUCGUAUCCCCAAGCGAGAUCGCAAAAAGACGUUUGUUGAUGAGGCUUUGGCUUUGGAGAAAGAGACCAGGCGCUUUGAAACCAGGUACAAUGAUGUGCAGCAGAAGAAACGAAGUGGGAAGACGGCUUUCUACAAGAGUUUAGUGGCCAAAAGAAAAGGCAGGAAGAAUCGACAAUGAUAUAUUCAACAACCAAGCUGUCCAAACUCCAAAGAGAAGUACCUCCACGGACGGCCGGAUCUUAGGAAUCGGUUUAUCCCCUCCGCUCCUGCUGUGGUAGUGUCAUGAGUUGUGACACUAGAAAAUCUUGGAUAUGACAUGCACAACCAACUUCUAACAAGGUGUCAAUUCUCAACAUGGGAAAAGAGAACGCACUAGCACUUACCUGCAUGUCCUGGGCUGCCUCCCGGCCAGCUUCGAGCACCUCUUCGUGGUUGGCUUUACCCUCUUGCAGGAUGGCAUCUAACUCUUUCACAUCCCUUCCCUGGAUGAGAUGAUCAUCCCCACGGGGAACAGGUGAAAGCACAGCAUUAUUUGUCACCAAACUGAAUGCUAUGAUUCGCAAGCCGCAGUGCCUUGCAACCACAAUCUCGGGGACUGUGGACAUUCCAACAAGAUCCGCUCCGAGCUGGCGGAGCAAUCGGCACUCUGCCCUCGUUUCGUAACUGUGGCCUUGUCAUACCAAACUCCCCCAGCAGCCAUUGGGGCAUAUCUGCUUACCUCGGUCCACAAACGAAGGCAUACACGCCCUCGUGUAACCUUCGUUUACUGCAAGGGUCCAGGUAUUUUCUCCAGGCUUCAUGUACCUGACGACGCAAAUCAAGAUCAUACGCGUCUGAUAAAGGUGGGAAUCGGGGACCAAAUUCCUCGCAGUUGGGACCUCGCAGCGGAUGGAUCCCAGCUAGACCAGCGAGGAAGAUAUGCUUUACGGUCGGAUUAGAGCAAUCAAUAUUUCUGGAUGUUAUCCUCCACUUACAUCAUUCAGUAACACGAUGUCGCCCACAGCAUAAUCAGGGUUAAGUCCUCCGGCGGCGUUCGUCACUGUUACAUAUUGUCCUUAGUCUGGUGGCUGCCUCUGCGCACGGUGAGGGAGCUUACAGACAACAGUGUCGAUUCCUAGUAACUUGAAAACCCGGAUAGGGAACGUCACUUGGUCUAUGGAAUGGCCUUCAUAGUAGCUAAGCAGUUGACAUAUCUUAGUUAACCAAUUCAUUUUUACUAUUAUAAGGGCAUUCUC